AUGCGGGAACUUGUAAUUGACAGCAUCCGGAUGAGUCAGAUGAACUACCAACGUGUGGUGGUGCUUAAGGAGCUGGAAACCGACCUGUUCCUGCUGAUAUGGAUUGGGCCAACUGAAGCCGAGGCCAUCGCUGUCAAGAUGCAGGGGAUGACGGUUCCUCGACCCCUUACGCACGACCUUCUGGUGGAUUUGGUAAAGUCGGUGGGCGGGUCAUUUGAUCAUAUCCUGGUGAACGACCUGCAGAACGAAACUUUCUACGCCAAAGUGGUGAUCCGGGUGGGGGAACAGACCCAUGAGAUCGAUUCCCGCCCCAGCGACGCCAUGGCGGUUGCGGUGCGGGCCGAGGUCCCCAUCUACGUAGCCGACGAGGUGAUGGAAAAAGCCGCAAUCUCCAUGGACCAGGAAACCGGUGCGCCGGUAACGCAACCCGCUCCUGGCGGGGAAGCCGCUGAAACCAACGUAACGGAAGAGGAAUUGCAGAAACUUUCUGCUUUCACCGACCUCAUCAACGAGCUGGACAUGGAGGACUUCGAGCGCAAGUAG